GGUGAAAGAAUGGAGAAUUAGAAAUAAGCUAAGCUAAGCUAAGCCCAGAUAGGUAAUUACAACAAACACAAAAACACACAUUCCUCACAAGAAAAAAGAGAAGAAAAAAGAAACAUUGUUAGGCAGCUUUGAACAACCUGAGAAGAAGGAAAAAAAGAAAAGAAAGAAAGAGUUGUUGGGACUUGGGACUUUUACUUUUGGGUUGAUUGCAGCUUUCUUCUUCUUCUUCUUUCUGAUAUUUGGUGGGAAUUUCUCCCCUUUUCAUUUUAUGGGGUGAAAUGGGAAAGAAAGGCAGUUGGUUUUCUGCAAUCAAAAGACUUUUCACACCCAAAUCUUCCAAGGACAAGGAAGUUAGUAAGAAAAAAUCAAAGGCAAAGAAGGGAAAGAGGCAUGGAGAGAGCAAAUCAUUUAUUCCACUCUUGAGAGAACCAAGCAGUAUUGAGAAGAUAUUGGAGGAGGCAGCUGCAGAUGAUGAACACAGACUGCUUUUUAAUCCCCAACCAAAAUUUUCUCCAAACAUCACUUCGCCCCGACCUGCUACUUCUCCGAGGGUGACAUCUCAAAGGGCUGCUUCCCCUAGAGCUACUUCAUCUAAGGCAAGGAGGAAACACAAAGAAGAUAACCGUUAUGUGCAUAGACCAGAACCGGCUUUAGAAGUGCUUCAUGCCAAGGCUAUCAUGAUCCAAACUGCCUUUAGAGGCUAUAUGGCGAGGAGGAGUUUGAGAGCUUUGAGAGGCUUAGUGAGGCUCAAAGGAGUGAUGGGAGGAAAUAAUGUGAAGAAGCAGAGCUUGAAUGCCCUUAAACAAAUGCAGUUUAUGGUUAGCGUUCAAACGCAGGUUCAAUGCCGAAGGGUCCAAAUGCUGGAAAACCAGGCACUUCAGUUCCAAGUUUUCAAGAAUGGCAAUAGCGCCGCAAGCAAUUGGACACAACUGACCGGUGCAGGUAACACUGAGAAUUGGGAUGAUAGUGUUCUAACCAAAGAUGAAAUAGAACGGAGGGGGCGAAGAAAAGUGGAGGCAAUUGCCAAGAGGGAAAGAGCCAUGGCUUAUGCAUAUUCCAAUCAUCAUCAUCAUCAGAAAGGCAAUAGCCAGAGAUGGGGUUUGUAUCCCACCAUAAUAUGGUGGAGUUGGUUGGAUGAUCGGCGCGAGUGUUCUGACAAAAAUGCCCUCCCAACACCAACAUCAACAAAAUCAGCUGCUCCAAUGGGAAGCAAACAGUUUGAAGAUAAAAUGCCGCGGCCUCCAAGCAGCUCUAGCAGCUUGACAAGCUGUCCUCCGUUUUCGGUUCCAAGUUACAUGGCACCAACUGCUUCAGCCAAAGCCAAAGCCAAAGCCAAGGAGAGGAAUAGUGAUAGUCACCUGAUGGGUGAAUCAUCAAAGAGGAGGUUUUCUUAUCCUUUAACCCCGCAGAGUAAUGUCGAAAGCGAAGCCGAGAAACAUGGUGGAGAUAGUGUGAGUUUGGAUUCCAUUGUUUCUAUGUCUGCAGCUGGUGGUGGUGGGAGGAAGCCAUUUAACAGAUUUGUGUGAUUGGAUUUCUUUCUUAUUCUUUUUAAAGGUUGACAUUUUGGUUUUAACCAUUUUGAGGUUGUUGUUUGGCUCUCAAUAUCUGAUACUUGAGUGAUUGUGUGGUUUUAUUUGGUUAUAUAUGUGUGGAUACAAUGAUGCAGAUCAUGUCCAAUAAAAAUAGUACUUCCCGGGAUAAAUUUCACCAAUAGUA